AUGACCCUUUUGAAGCAGCACAUGGAUCUUUAUAAGUCUGUGGAUCAGAAGCUGCAGAUCCAGCUAUGGGAUACGGCAGGCCAGGAGCGUUUCAGAAAGAGCAUGGUGCAGCACUAUUACAGGAAUGUACAUGCUGUUGUGUUUGUAUAUGAUAUGACAAACAUUGCCAGUUUUCACAGUCUGCCGUCAUGGAUAGAGGAAUGCAAACAACACCUUCUUGCCAAUGAUAUACCACGGAUUCUUGUUGGAAAUAAAUGUGACCUGAGGAGUGCUAUUCAGGUACCUACGGACUUGGCACAGAAGUUUGCUGAUACUCACAGUAUGCCAUUAUUUGAAACCUCUGCCAAAAACCCCAAUGACAAUGACCAUGUGGAGGCCAUAUUUAUGACACUGGCUCACAAGCUUAAAAGUCACAAGCCAUUAAUGCUUAGUCAACCCCCAGAUCGCGAUGCAAUACAUAUAAAGCCUGAACCAAAACCUGCCAUGACCUGCUGGUGUUAAAUCAUACUAUUAUCAGCUACCACCUUGUCAUGUUUGCAAAUGCUUCAAAAUUAUGAUCUUGGCAAAGUUCCAGGUUUUGGUUGCAAUUAUAGUGAAUCUCUUUGGCACUUUAAUAUGUUGGGUUUUUUUUCUGGUGUAGAUGUGCCCAUCUCAUGUUCUUGCACUUUGUAAUUGUACUUUCUGAAUUGCUGAAGUUUCACUAUAAAUAUACGGGAAAGUAAACUUUCAAGUGAAGUUUUGACAAAGCAAUUCUACUUGAGCUCUUGCUGCCUGAGAUCGUUUUCGUCACUUGUGGUAAGGUUAUAAAUAGUAAGCCAGU